GCCCUUGGGUUUGAGUUUCAGCUGUUCCACAGCUUUCAUCUGUCAAUGGGAACGUGAUGUCUGCCGAGUGAACUCUUCGGCCAAAGAUGGGACAUACAAGUUGGUACCUUAAGAGCUGGAUCCAGUCGCUUUGGUUAGGUACUUAGUCGCUUUGGUUAGGUCUAGUUUCUUAGCCUAAUAGGAACGGCUUCCAACCUACUAGCGUUGGUACCUGAAGAAUGCCUUGUUGGGGCAACUUGCUGUAUAGGUAUUCCACUGUUUUCCUUGUUGACUUUCAUGCAUUUGUUUCAACUCAGAUUCACAUUUUGCUGUCCAGGCAGUGUUCCCAAGGGCAAUCUGGCCCAACGUGGGAUUUCAGGGGCAGCGGAAGGUUUGGAUAGCAUGAUGGGUGGCAAUUCUGCGCAGAGGUUUGUAGACAAAGCUGGUCUAGGAGUUCCAAAACACGGCCCUGUGUGGAAGCUCCAAUCUUGGGAUAUCUUGGCGCGGGAUGAGUGUGAUCCAUGGUUGAUUGGCUAUGCCCUGGGGAAGUUUAAAGGUGCUAACCAGGAAGCCGAGAAGCUCACUUUUCGCUUAAUGCCCGGACCGUACUGGGGGUUGCUGCAAAAGCUGGAUAAGCUCACUGAACCAUUGGCGGUGCGUUCUAGCAUGGGCAAAAUGCCCACUAAUGACGAUAUGCGCCGGCUGGCCAAUGUGAUGACCUCCAUUGACGAGAUAAAGCAGGGCAGCAUGUGGGACACCGACAUGACAGACCAGGGUGCCCGGAUGUGGGGCGAACUUUCCCAUGAUGAGGCACUUCGGAUCGCCCAUGCCAUUCGCAGAGUGCAGUCAUUUGCACACUUCCUCUUCUCGGUUGCUUACCCAUGUGCUCCAACAGAGGCCGCCUAUGAUCCCAAUCCAAAUCCGAGCUUUCUCUGAGAAGAUUCAGAAUGGCCCAAAGAGGCUCCAAAGAAGAAAAGAGGCUCGGCCUGGCCACCCAA